AUGACUGUCCUGGACCAAGUCGCUCACGUCGUCGCCCACGUCGUCGUGAGGGCUGCGACAGAAACUGCCUCUUCGACAACGUCAGACACCACCAGCCCGCAGACUGCUAUUCCCUCCAACACAAAUAGCAGCAACAACAACAACAAGGGCGGCGGCUCCAGCUCGCCGCUGCUCUUCUUUGUUGCUCUCGGUUUUGGUGUCGUCUUCACAAACUUGUGGAUCAUCGUCGGCGUCAAGUACUGCUUUAGAUACAAUGCUCGCAACCGAGCACGCAUGACCAACGAAGAUGGCGAGCCCAUCACGCUCGAAAACAUGCCCCGCCCCCACCGGAGGAGACGCGAAAAGAAGCUCAUGACCAUGGACGAGGUCAACGACAAGUUCCCCAUGAUGAAGUACAAGACGUGGGUUUCGCAACGUGCUCGAGAAGGCUUGCCCACGUCCGGAGGAGUUGAAGCGCCCAGUCGACCCAACAGCGUUCACAACGUAGACGGAGCCAUUCCUGACCUUUCUCCGAAAGAACGCGCCUCGGCCGAGGUUCGUGCCCUCGAGGAGGCUACACCUGCCGCCAAGACCGAACCUGCCAAAGAGACUACCGUCAAGGAAGAUGACGACAAGAAGGACGUUACGGUUGUUGGCGAAACGGCAGAAGACGGACCCGUGAAGCCCCAUGGCAACUUGAAGCGAACAACCACCGAAGAAGAAGAGGACGACGAGGACGACGAGGACGACGAGCAGAUCACCGCCGCUCUGCCGCCGGAGCUUCUCAACACAUCUGGCGAUACCUGCGCCAUUUGCAUCGACACCCUCGAAGACGACGAUGACGUCCGUGGACUGACCUGUGGCCAUACUUUCCACGCUGUGUGCGUCGACCCUUGGCUGACUAGCCGCCGUGCAUGCUGCCCGCUGUGCAAAGCCGACUAUUACGUCCCGAAGCCCAGGCCCAACCCCGAAGGCGAUGCCGUCGCGGCUGGCAAUACCGCCAACCUCGAUCCGCGCCAGAACGGCCGAAUGAACUUGCCCAUGGGUCUAUCGACAGCCUGGUUCCGGUCUUCAAGUAACCGCAACAACAGCAACAGCAACAACGACAACUCAAGAGCCCCGUCUUCUCUGUUGCGGUUCCCUCGGCGACGGGCGCAGGAAGCGGCGCUUGAUGCGACGACACAAGCCCAGCAGGCUCAGGCAGCAACCAAUACUGCAGAGACAUCUCACCCGUCUCCUCCCGUCACCAUGCUUUCGUCUGUCCGACAUGCCAUCCGCUUCGGACGCACGGUCGAGCCGUCACCACGGAUGAACGGUGAGGGGGUGACCCCAUCGCAGCUGGAGGCGGGUAAUCGUCCGACUACCACUGCCACAUAA